CGCAUCGUCUUCAACUCAGCUCGGAAAUGUCCUCGAUGAAGGACUUAAACGUGACCUUUGAAGCUAUCAACGAAGACGGUAGUUAUUCUGAAGGAGAUACUAUAGUGGGCAGUGUUAGUUUCAGGCUGACAAAAGAGGUUAAAGUCAAGAGCCUUUCUGUAAAAGCCAAAGGAGACGUCAAGGCAGAAUGGACAGAAGGAACAGGAUAUUUCCAGAUUACCCACACUGCAAAAAGGAGAUAUUUUAAAGUGAAGGAGUACUUAAUUGCAAGAAAUGGUAAAGGCACUGUACUUCCCAAAGGGGUCCACACGUUUAGGUUCGGGCUCAAAAUCCCAGAGGGGAGCAUGCCUUCAUCCUUCAAGGGGGUAUAUGGAAAAAUUGUGUACAUGUUUGAAGCAAAGAUGUCCAGGAGCUGGUGGUGGCCUUCUAAAGUUAAAAAGAAGAUCAACUUCAUUUCCAAGACGUUUCAACAGUUUUGGGAAAUGAUGCAUCCACAAUCUGGUACAGUGAGUAAAAACAUAGGUGGGCUCUCCCAGGGACGGGUCCAAAUGUCUGCUACCACUGACAGGAAUGUUUGCACUCCAGGUGAAACUAUAUCUGUUGUUGCCAAAAUCUGCAACUCCUCUUCCAAGAACACGAGGCCCAAAUUCAAACUUGAACAAAAAACAGUAUUUCGCUGCAAUGAGUCUACUAAGAAGUGGGUGAUGAAUCUGUUCAAAGAGGUUGGGGAAACUAUCAGUCCAAACUCAGAGCAAACUGUCUCCUGCCAGUUGAAGAUUCCUGAUGAUGCCAUCUCCACUAUCCAUAACUGUGAAAUCAUCUCAGUUGAAUAUUACAUAAAGGUGUAUCUGGACAUUAGCUUUGCCUUUGACCCAGAGGUGGUGUUUCCACUGGUCAUCGUUCCUUCCAGAUGUGCAGCCAUUCAGCCUGGUGAGGCUGUGGGGCCUCACCCACCUGGGACAACUGUGGUCACAAGUUAAAGCAACUUCGCUUCCCCUGCCUUCCACACUGGAUUUGGCUCUGAGCCCAAAGUGUCAGGUCACUACCCCACCCCAGAUGCUACUCAGCAUGAUAAUAUAACAAGUGGCAAUUCUAACUAGUGGUCACACGGUGCUACUGCACAGGGGAUUUCAGCUCCAGUUUUUAAAGCACCUUUAAUGCAACAUCCAGGUCCUACUCUGACUACUUUUCUACAGGGGGAACAACCUCCAUUAUAUACAUCCAUUUACCAGCAUCAAAAUGAAACACUGUGAGUGUAAGUGAAUGGGCCAAAUAUUAAUAGCAGGGGACACCUCAAAAGUCACAGUUGGGUAUGGGUUAAACAGGGUUCAGAAGGCAGAAUCAUAAAGCUGCCCCCUUCUUGUUGAUGAUCAACUGGCAGGACAGAAGAGGCCUUCCAGCUGUUGUCCCACAAAGGAAUUAAAUGUGUUAUACAAAAACUGUGUUUUUAAUAUUUAAUAUUUUGGAGGGAAAAUAAGACUAACUGGACAAAUCAUGAAUGUGUUCAGUUGCAGAAAGUUUCUAUGUCCUAUACCCUAUUUAGACGUAGCUGGCCAUAUACUAUACCAAGUAAUCAGAGCUGUACCCCAAAACUGUGACUUUUAAAGGGCCUGAAAAAUGGGACUGGGGGUUAAAUCAUGUGACUGAGCAGUUUUCACCUCUUGAUAUCAGUAGGGUAACCAGAGACACAAGAAGUGACAGAACAAACAAUAAGAGAAGUAAGUGAUUUUCCUUUAGUCAGUCUUCUACUCUCUAUACUCCACAUAACAAUUUGUUUAACAACAGACAUGUUUUUAAUUAUAGAUCACAUUUUUAUAUUUGUUAUUAUAAUUUUGCUUGUUUUUUCAGUGUUUUGAAAACUGGAAUGUAAAUGCAUUGUCUGUUGUUUUAAAUAUAUAUAAAAAACAAUGUCACAUAUAAUUUGUGUUUAUGCUUAGAGAUUUGAGGUGAAAGGUCUGUUUAGCAGUGUUAUCCUUAGGAGUAUGCUGCACUUUACUUUGAAAAAUAUUGAAUUGUUUAUGUUGUUCUAUGUAUGGUGGCAUAUCAGAUUCUUGAGGCAAAACACUUAGCAUUACUCCUAGCUUAUGGUUUUCGUGAUGACCAACAUGGUCUCUGUUAAACUACUUACUGUUUUAUACUGCAAUGCCUUCACUGUCAGCUGAAACAGACUCAGAAGCACUUUUCACAUCUGAUUACUGUCAAUGGGAAGCUUUUGUUUUGAAAAAUUGCUGAUAAAAUCUUAUAACUGAGAGCUUUCAUUAUUAAAAUUAGAUGUUUCUGAGCACUGUGAUCAUAGCAUGACAGCAUCUUGAUAACAUCCAAUAAAAUAACUUGAUGGAUGGUUAAAGGAAUAAACUGCCACCAGGUGAAUGUCUAAACUUGGAUGUAUGUGUCACAGUGCUAUCAAAGGGAUAGAAGGUCAUUCCUCAACCUGCACAGCAGCUGAAAUGUAAUGUGUUAUCAUAAUGUACAUGAAACAAAGAAGCUUUAUAGAAGGUUUUUGGUUAUAAUAUAAUGAUUACUUAUUAGUCAAAGCUGAAAAAAUCAAGAGUAAAGCCUCUAAUAUAUUGUAGAAAAUCAGCGGUUGCCUUCUGUGGUAAAACAGUUAUUUCCUAAGAUGAAUUGGAACAAAUUGGAAUAUUAAAACAUUAUGAAAAUGCAAACGGUUAAUUGGAUUUUUUGAUGAAUCCAGGGGGACAAACACAUUUUGGCUGUGUGUGAUGAGAGAAGAGAUUGGUUUGCCCUGAGCAAUAGUAUAGCAA